CAAUACCACCAACUGGAAUGCCUGACCGAUCUAAUAUGAUGCAUAUAGUUCCUACUAUUCACAAUAAUAUGCAAGGAACUAUAGUUGUACCGCAACAUGAUAAUUCGGAAUUUAUUAUACCCACGAUAAUGGAAGAAUCUCAGGAUGUGAUAACUAAUUCAAACACAACUCAAUACAUUAAUCAAGAUAAUCAGACAACCUAUAGCAUAACAGCGCAGCCACAAAUACAUGUUGCUUCAAUAGCAGAAGCAGUCAGAAAUCAACAACAUGUUGUACUGCAACAAAGUUUAAUGCACAGAGAAGCGCACAGUCAAUUGAUCUCAAAUGGAAUGGUGUGUUCGACAGCCUAUGCAACCACACCAAUUGUUAACUAUAUUGGCUCUGCAGGAACUGCAGCUGUACUUGGGAUAUACAAUCUCCAAGGGCUUGAUAUAUCUACAACUGAUUUAUUACAAACUGGCAGCACAAUACAAGGUCAUAGAUAG